CUAAUUCCGACUCGAAAGCAAUUUCCUGUUCUAGUGCUACUGCGUGUAUCACUCUCCAGUUUUAUUUGGAACAUAUAGUCUAAGGAAACCAGGUUUGGCUUAAUAAAUCAAGCUGGCUGUAAAGAGAUAUGGAGCUGAAAACAUUGAAGAAGCUUUCUAUUCCAGAAGCUCAUGAAUGUAUCUACACACCCUGCUAUUGUGAAGAAAAUGUUUGGAAACUUUGUGAGUUUGUGGCAAAAGAACAGCCUGAACUUAUUAAAUAUUGUUAUGUAGUUUUCAUAUCAAAUGAAAACCAAAGAGUACCCUUGUGGAAUCAGCGUGCUGGAAAUGCAGAUAAUUUAACUGUCUGGGACUACCAUGUUAUUUUAAUCCACACACCGCCAGAUCAAGGGCCAGCAUUAGUGUAUGAUCUUGACAGCACGUUACCUUUUCCAGUAGACUUCACUAAAUAUGGUUGUCAAACGUUAAAAUCUGACUUUUUAUUAAAACCAGAAUUUCACAGAAAAUUCCGUGUCAUUCCUGGUGAAAUAUUUCUUAACAAGUUUACUUCAGAUCGUUCUCGUAUGAGAAACCCUGAUGGAACAUGGAUAAAAAAACCUCCACCUUACUCUUGCAUUCAAACAUCAGAAAGCACCAACAACUUGGAAGAAUUCAUCAGCAUGAAAGCUGGAACGGGAGUUGGUGAGGUGAUGAAUUUAAACCAGUUUAUAGAAAAAUAUUUCCCAGACUGAGAUUUAACCAGAAAUAAGAAGUGGAAGAAAAACCUGUCACACUUAGAUGUUUCUGGGAUUGGAAAUUAUGUUUAAUACAUUCUUGUAGUUUCCAGAUGAUAAAAAAAUUAUAUACUUUAAUGAACAUAUUAAAACAAAUAUAUUGAAGAUUUAGACUACACCAGAACAACAUUUUUCAUAACUGUAAUGUAAGACAUAGAAAAUACUUCAAAAUAUAGAAUGGAAAAGUGUCAAUGUUUAUUGUGUGGAAAACACACUAGAAUAAAUCUACAAAUUACAAAUAUCUCAUUUUACAACACAUCUGGUUUAUACUCCACAUUAUUAGUAAAAAAAUGUUUACUGUUCUUAAUACUAAAACUUAUAAAUUACCUUAUUCAGAAUUACUAAAAAAAAGACUAUAUUUUUGACAUAAUGCCUUUAAUUUUGUAAGUUUUAGGAAUCUGUGUGUUAAAUAUUGUGGCUUUGAAUGUUCUGUUUAUGAUAAUGUAAUUAAGUGAUAAGUUCCAUUAAUCAGCAAUAGCUUAACCAUUCAUCAAAACCCCUAUCAAACCUACAGUGGCAAAAAAAAAUCACCCUUUGACUUGCAUACAGUGAAAAUAAAUUUUACCUUUGAUAUUCUGAUUUUAUUAGCAUUCAUUAGGUGUAAUUAAGAGGAAAUAGCUGAAGAAAUGUAAUAAAUUUAUAGCAAGUAGAUGCAGUGAUGGGGUUUUAAUUUUUAUAAGGAGUAAUUAUUAAAACAUUUAGCAUAUCAAUGGUAAGCAUGUUUAUUAAAUUCAUGUCAGACUUGAUACAAACUGUGCUGAUGACUGAAAGCUGUUCAGUCUGCUUGUUAAAGGAGGUAUUGAUUACACAGCACAAAUGGAAGAUUUUGUUCCGAUUACAAGAUAAAUUUUUAUGAGGGUGUUAUAUAUAGACCCUUUAUUUCUUCAUGUUAAAAUGAGAGGUGUGACAGUAGUUGUGAUUAAUACUAAUGAUAGAGAGUUACCAGGUCAUCAAAGUGCAUAUAAGGAAAAUGACAUUUUAAAGCUUGCAUCUAGGUGAACUUUCAAUUCCUAUUAUUAUGAUUCAAAUCUGUAAUAAUAUUUCAGAACUUGGAAUGGCUUUAUUAGCAUUUUGUAACCAGAUGCACAUCGUAAAACAUUAACAUUUCAACAUCAUUUCUAGUAGUUCAUAAGUUUGCACACAAAUUUAGAUAUGUGUGAUAAAGCGAUGCUUAAUUAUCAGUGAUGGUAAGGUAUUCUUCUACAUUUAAGGGUGUGAUAAAGGACAUAAUUUAAGUUGUUUUUAAUCGUCAAUACAUUAACAGAAUCACCUCAAUAUAAAAACCGUGAUUAGCAAGUAAAAUAGAAUAAAACCACUAAGUAAUCAGUGAAAGCAAAAAUGUCUCUCACUCCUCAGCAGAAUUCUGCUUGUUAUUAAAUAGUUUUAGAAACACUGAAUUAUGUAUUUAAUAGUAGCUGUACUGAAAACUAGUGUACAAAAAAUUAAUAUAAUAGUCUCUCUUCUAUAAGUUAUUAAAUACAAAAUAUUUAAGGAAAAUACAUCAUAAAUUGCUCAAAUGUAUUGUUUAGUAAUAUAUAUAUAUAUAUAUAUUGGUAUGUUGGUUAUAUUUAUCACAGAUUUAUUUUUGGCCAAAAUGUGUUGAAUUUUGUUGUAUUAGUUACAUUAUAUGUUGUCUAUACAUUUUUGUCAUUCAGGACAUACUUUAAAGAGAUUAUUACAGAAAACUGUUAAUUAACAAUAUAAAUCAUAAUGAGAAAACAAACUGUCUUGAUUGUUUUUGGAAUUUCACAUUUGGAUUAUUUGUGUAUGAAGCAAUAUAAUUUCUAUUGUUCUUGUAUCACCCAUUGCAUCAGGCAAAAUUAAUGGCGUAUUAGCAGUUUUCAUUUCUUCCAAAAGAUUAUGAUACUCUUGUUUUUAGGCUGUAAAAUCUAAUUGUUUUAAUUUGAAGUACUUAAACCUGUUCUUUUUUUGCAUGUUUUUAUUGUGUUUACAUAUAUAUUUAUAUCAUUAAUAUUUUGCUUUUAUUCUGUUUUCUUGUUUAAACAUAAAUGACAUUUUUUGUGAGACUUUAUUUGGAUUUAAGAUUUUGUAUGCAUAGAAGUACAUGUAAAUAAAAGUACCUGGAAUGGAAUUGUGAGACCUCAGCACAAUGACCAAGUAGUUAAUUUAAAAUGUAUAUUUAUUUUGGAGGAACAUGCUUUUUUUUUUUCAUCACUAGUUUUUUGGCUUUGUUAUACAUUUUCUAAAUGAGAAAGGUAAAGUGUUCUUGUUGAUACUGAAAGUAAAAUCCAAUGGAAAAAUGACUGAAGGAUUUUACUGAUCAACCUUGAAUUAGAUAUUUCUGGUGUUAUAUUGGUAUUUGUAAAUGAUGAAUGGCCUCUGUGAUUGUGUAUAUACUUUUUGUCAUUACACCAAACUUGAAUCCCUUUUCCAAAUGGAAAUCUUUCUUGAUUAUGUUGAACACUGUUGCCUAGGGCACAUGGAUGGCUUUUGCCACUGACCUUUGUGUUACUGAAUUCUCGCCUGUUAAAAGAUGCCACACUUUGCCUACCAUGGUUGGGGUAUAAUUUGUUACAAGUCUCUUUUUGGAUGGUCCUGGUGCUUCAAGUUGAUCCAUAUUCUUUUGUUUUUCUGUGCCAUCAAGUACAAAUGAUAUCCUUAGCUUGGAAAUUCUAAAUCCACAAUCUGGACACACAUUUGUGAUCUGAGUAUAUAAAUAUUUUGUGUUGAAAAGGGAUGUUAUGUACCCUUUUCAAAAGACAUCAGAUUUUAGUGGUAUCACACUACCUAUGAAAUGCCAAACAGUGUGAAAAUGUAGCUACAUGUAGAUACAUUAUGUUCCACUGUGACUUUAUAUGGGCUGUGGUUGUCACAUGACUUGCUGAUUUGCAUAAUCAAAAUAUUUUAAUAUAAUCUACUUAAUCCUCUGUAUAAUUUCUUUACAGCCAUUUGUGUACCUUCUUGACUGAGAAAUUGUUAUUUUCCUCUCAACAUUUUGGGAAAAUAUUUGGGACAGUAAGAAGACAUCUACUUCUUAAUAAAUGAAGAAAAGUGAUAAAGUAAAUUAUUUGUAGGACUUUCCAAACAAUAUAUAUUAUCAUCAUCAAAUAAAUGUUUCAGAGAAAAAUAUGCAAAAGCUGCUUUAAUUAUAUGAUAGAAAAGUGAUAAAUAGCACACCCUAGUGAGUAGCAUUUGUACUUCUUAGCCUCCUCAUGUGACUGUUAAAUACUUAACUAAAUUCCUAAUCGUCUUGUAGCUCCAAUUUUAUAGUGAGUUAAGCCUGAAAACUUGAUGAUUGGCCCUAUUGGUUCACAAUUCUAUUUAUAAAUAAAAAAGAAAGAAUUGUUGAUUUCAAGUCUUUUAGGAAUUGAUGUAUUAUUCAAUUAUCUUAUAUGUUGUAUAAAUAAGAAAAUUGAGUAUGUUGUAUGAAAAUGAUUUUGGAGCCUCUAUGUAAUGUUAAAUCAUGUCACCCUGUUCAGUCUUGCUCUAUCUGACGACUGUGCAUCUUGACCAUAGCAAUGCAGCAUAGUUUUCAUUGCAAAAAGUUGUUGUAAAGCUGUAAAGUCCAAAGUGCAUCAUUUCUUCUUGUACAAGCUUUCCAGUUAGUGUAUAAGAACAGCAGUCUCCCAGCAAACAUUGCAACAGUUCAAUCACACAUGACUGGAAGCCUUGUUGAACCCAUACCAUUUUGGCCUUGUUUUCCAACAAAGAUCUAUUUUGAUUUUGCUGUGUACUGUUUCAUGGGACAUGUGGAUGGUAAUCAGACAAGCUUUUUUCUAUGAUUUUGUGGAAUUCCUCAAAUUUUAUUUUCUGUGGAAUGAUAUUCUAAAAGUUUUGCAUUUUAGUUCCUGUAAACAUGUGUAUUUUACUUAUAAAUACAUAUUUUGUUUUCUUUGCUUGGGGCAUAUGUGUACCAUAAAUAGAUUGAGCUUAAGUGAUAAGUAUUAAUGAGGUAGGAAUCGUGGCUGGAAGUCUAUAUUGUCUAAAUCUCAAUGGAAAAGUGAUUCUGUUCAGAGGAUUCUGGAUGACUUCAUUAGAAAGGUAUAUAUACACACACACACACACACACAUACAAAACAACGGAUCAUAAUGUACUAAAAUAAAGUUUUCUUGUAAGCACUAGAUCUACUGUAGGUCCAGGUGCAAUACUGCAUAGCAUAUUGCUGUUACUAUCUCCGGCAUCAAAGGUGGACAGAAGUUAUGUUUUCAACCCUGAGUGUUUGUCAGCAGGUUUUCUUGAAAAUGAGUGAAUGGAUUUGGACGAAAGUUGGUAUACCUUUUGGAUAAUGACUUAACUUAGAAGCGAUUAGUUUUUGGAGGGUGAAGGUCACAACCAGGUCAUGAAAAUCCAAAAAAAUCCCUAUCUGUUAACACGGGGAUCGAUUUUUCACACUAUUUUUGCUGUAUAACUCAGUCAAAAAUGAUUGUAUUUUCAUGAAACUUCUGUGAUUUUUGAAUGCAUGUAGAAUAUUAUUCAUUGUCCUGCUAAAAAUGAUUCAUGUCCAUUGGUAAUGAUGCAGAAAUGAGAGCAGAAUAUGAUUAACGUUGCGAGGCAGAGGGGUGCGCUUUACUGAGUUUGUGACUAGUUGGUGAUGCAUCUAAUUUCUGAAGUUAACCCUAUUGUCAGUGACUUAGGCCUAUCUAGUCUAUGUAUCCCAAUAUCAAUCAAAAUAUUGAGUAACAUUAAUUUAUACCAGGAAGGACUAAACUAAUGAUGAUUAUCAAUUAUGCCAGCUGUCAAAAAAAUAAACCAGUCGUAGUCACUUUAUAUAGUUCCUUCCAAACAUAUAAAAAUUAUGAUGAAAUGAAUGAAUAUAUUUAUUUUGUUGUUUUGUGGAUGUUUUAUUUCAGUUUUCAUACUCUUAAAUGAACUAUCAAUUAGGCUUCAAAAUGUGCCUAUACAGCAGAACAGAACAUCUAGAAGCUUACAGUUUCUGAGGGGGCUUAGGCAGCCGCUGACUUUUAUGGGUUUAGUCCCAGGAUGCAUUGUUCAUAGAUGUUUUCAAUCCAGGCUUAUGUUUAGUUUAUUGUCAUUAAUCUUUUGUUUCAUGUAUUCUCAUUUGUUACAAGAUACAAUACUUUGUUUACCAUGUGGUAUAACUCAUUGUGAAACUCUUUCUGGAUGGUCCUGGUGCCCUAAGUUGAUUCAAGCUCCUUUGUUUUCCAAUACCAUUAGGUACAAGGAAUAUCUCUAUCUUUAAAAUUAUAAAUCUCCAAUCUGAACACAUCUUUAUGAUCUGAGUGUAUGAAUAUUUUUCUUCAAACAGGCUGUUACAUAAUCUUUCAAAAAAUAACCAAUUUUUGGUGCCAUCACAAUACCUACCAAACAAUGUCAAAAUGCAAUUUUGAUACAUGCCAUUCCACCGUGACUCUAUGUCAACUGUAGGCUUGUGUGUUAAUCUUAUUUACAGAAUACUCCUAAUUUUAAGCAUUUUAGCUAAAAUUGAGUCUCUUCCUUUACAUUUUAGCAAGUGCUAUUUUCUUUUAUUGGCUGUUUGUUUUUCAUAUUGUAUCAAUAUUCAACCAUAGCUCAUAGUUCUGAAGUGGUAAGAUAGGGCUAGAAAGAUAAAUUUAAAAUUAAGUUUUGAUCUACCUUUUGUAUUUUGUCUUCAGAUGUUUACUGUUUCACACUACUUAGCUUGCAAUAUAACAAUAUAUACAUUUUAGGAGUUUGGUAGUAAUCAGCAAAUCUUGAAUUGACAAAGAUCUGACAAAUGAAAAAUGUUAAUUACUUUAUUACUUUUAAAUAAAAUAUUAAAGACAAUUGUAGAAUGCUGUACAGAAAAGAAAAAUCCAAAAUAUUUCAUUAACUAAUGGAUUCAAACUACAAUUUGCACACAGUCAGAAAAGUAUUUCAGAUUGUUGAGAACAUUGAAAAUGAGUAAGGAUUUUUUUUUUGGGAUAAUGCAUAAACUAUUUAUUAUUCUGAUACUUCUAUUGUGAUAAACAAAAUUUAAACAUGCACAUAUUUGUAUACUAAUAUUUCUCAGAUAAACUACACACUUCCUAGUAAUAUGUCUGAUGAAAUAAUUAGCUUGUG